GGUGUUCCGCUUGACGUGCGCGGUCCAGGCGAGUCACCUUGCUGUACGCAGUGGCGGCCGAACAUCAGCGGAGCGGCAGAAGCGAAGGUGUCCUCCAGAAACACAAACCAGCACUGCAGCCAUGGCAGCCGCAGCGGACACGGGCAAACCUAAGCCCAAAACCUCGCCCAAGUCUAUUAAGUUUCUCUUCGGUGGUUUGGCUGGGAUGGGCGCCACUGUGUUUGUGCAGCCCCUGGACCUGGUAAAGAACCGAAUGCAGCUGAGCGGUCAGGGCUCCAAGGCUCGAGAAUACAAGACCAGCUUCCAUGCUGUGACCAGCAUCCUCCGCAACGAGGGCAUCCGCGGUAUCUACACCGGACUUUCUGCGGGUCUGUUAAGGCAGGCUACCUAUACCACGACCCGUUUGGGCAUCUACACGGUCCUGUUUGAGCGCAUGUCCAAAGCAGACGGCACACCUCCUAACUUCUUCAUGAAGGCUUUAAUAGGAAUGACUGCUGGGGCCACGGGGGCGUUUGUUGGGACUCCGGCAGAGGUGGCGCUUAUUCGAAUGACUGCUGACGGGAGGUUGCCUCCAGAACAAAGGAGGGGUUACACAAAUGUCUUCAAUGCUCUCAUCAGAAUUACGAGGGAGGAGGGCAUCACCACGCUUUGGAGGGGUUGCAUACCCACCAUGGCUAGAGCGGUUGUUGUGAACACAGCCCAGCUUGCUUCAUAUUCCCAGUCCAAACAAGCGCUGUUGGACUCUGGAUAUUUCAGAGAUGAUAUCCUGUGUCAUUUCUGUGCCAGUAUGAUCAGUGGACUGGUCACCACUGCUGCCUCCAUGCCAGUAGACAUUGUUAAGACCAGAAUCCAGAACAUGAGAAUGAUUGAUGGGAAGCCCGAGUACAAAAAUGGUUUGGAUGUAUUGGUCAAGGUCAUAAGAAAGGAAGGAUUCUUCAGUCUGUGGAAGGGUUUUACUCCGUAUUACGCUCGCCUCGGGCCACACACAGUUCUCACCUUCAUCUUCCUGGAGCAGAUGAACAAAUUCUACAAGAUCUAUUUCCUUGACUCCUAGAUUUGCCCUAAAGUUCAUCGGUGGACAGCACAGGCCAUAUUUCCACAUUAUGUUUCUCUCCCACAUCCUGUUUACCAGAAUAGCUUCCGUUUUUGAUGGUCGGUAACAGGACCACUUUACCAACUGGGUCGUGACCCUCUGCUGUGGUGGUGACAAUUUGGACUUUCAUCUUAAAGAGACUGACUAGCUAAGCUAUAAAUUAAAUUGAUUGAAGGAAUUGUUCACACCAGUCUUGCCCCUCUUUUAGUUAUAAAUGAUAUUUAUGAAUCCCCUCACCUUCCACGCAAGUUUUCCACCUUAAAUUGUGGUCAACAGACUUAUCAGCAGAAGUAGUUGAGGAAUUGUUGUCAAUACAGAUGCUGAACCUGUAUUCUGAGUGAAAGUUCUCUUUAUUUCAUAAUAUUUUUUUAUUCCUACCAAAAUGCACAACAUGGUGAACAAAAUACCAAUGAUCCCAACCCACCCUCGGUCCUAUCAUAAAGGACUGCUUUGCAGUGAACAUUUGCUGAAGUUUACACAAUUAACUGGAUAAUAAAGAUAAUGUGGUGUGUAAAAGCCACUACCACGCCAUGUAGCUUGUUGUGAUGUAUUAAAUGAUGUGUUAAUGAGG